UCAGAGCCUACAUGAUGGAGAAGAAAAUAAAACUUAUUGGCGACAUCAUUGAAGCACCAAAUGUUGAGAAGAUGAUCUUUCUUGAGAUGAUUCCUCCUAGCAAUGUCGCACCAAGAAGAACUCGCUAGAUUAUAUGUCGAUGCAGAGGUCAUAUUCCACUUCUUCAGAACCUGAUCAUGGCACACUUCACCUGACGGUUCUAUCAGCCCUACUUUCAUCCCAAUCAGCCGCCCCUUCUCAUCCCGAGCCUCAAGAACCCUCAUAAUCGCUGCGUCUUUGUGUGCCAAGAACUUGCACUCCUCGUUUAUCUGCUUCUCUGGCAUCGCUAACCGGCUGUUAUUAGGCUCCAAAUCUGUCUUUGUUAACUUCCUUUGCAUCACAAAAGUUACAUCAAAUCCUUUCAGUGAAGCGAUAAUCGCCUUGAACAUUUCCGGAAGCUCUGGAAUAUCAGUCUUUGUUGUUGAUGUAGAUGCCAAUGUGGAUCCUGUUGAAGGCGAUGUAAAUGCCAAUGUGGAUUCUGUUGAAGGCGAUGAUGUAGCAUCCUUCUUAUUCAGCGUUCUCUUGCCUUUAUUCUCUUUCAUGCGUGCCUUUCCAAGAGAGUGGUGCAGCUUCAAAGCUUUGGAUAACCUCUCGAGUACCGCAUAGUCCUCUUUGCAGUAGACACUCUUAUUUGCCUUCAUUGCUGCCAGGUUCACUUUGCAGUACUCCGGAUCCUGCAGGGACACUAUGACGUCAAUUCUUGUAAGGCGGAAUGGCUUCGGAGCCAUAGCUUCUAGUGUUUUCAAAUCCAGCUUCAGCAACUCCUUCAAAGUUUUCUUGCUUCUCAUCUUGGUAACCAUUGAUGACACUAGAAACACUUUCCAAAAACAGUGUUAAAGGUCACACUUUUUCAAGAACCCAGUUGCAGAUUUGUCCUUGUUUCAGUUGAAGAUGGGUAUUUGCAACCAGGAUGCAAUCAAGCAGUUGCAAUCCAUGAUGGAAAAUGUGAAUGAGCAGCAGAAGAUCACAUUCCAGACUGGACUAUUUGUAUAUGACAUUUUCUGGGAUUUCUUCACUCCAGUGAUGGUUAGCGCUGCUAAAUCAUUUGAUGCUCCGAUAAAGCUUUUGUCCCCCACAGCAGAUUCUACCCGGCCAUUUUCAAUGCUUGGCCUUGGUGACAUUGUCAUCCCUGGUAUCUUCAUAGCAUUGGCUUUGCGGUUUGAUGUGUCUAGAGGAAAACAGGCUCAAUAUUUCAAAAGCUCAUUUUUAGGAUAUACUAUUGGCUUGGCGCUUACAAUUUUUGUGAUGAAUUGGUUUCAAGCUGCUCAGAUGACUGGAUCUGAGUACUCAUUUCUUCUUUUACUUCCCUCUUCUGUUCUUGGCUUUCACUCAUGAUGUCAUGGUAGUUUAAGAUGGAAAUUAUUUGAAGAUCAUAUUGACACAUGGCUGAUCAAGCAUGUGAAAAUAUCAUGUUUCUUUGACAAUUUUGUGAAUAAUCUGAUGAAAUGUGCAUCUGGCUGACAAAAUUAAGGCCAUGUAGUGUGCUGGGCCAGCCUGCAGUUUGUAAACAGCUACAAAAUUAAGUACUAAAGUUGCAAA